GAAAAAACAGGGAAAAUCAAUAUUUCACUGCGAAGACAAAGUGUUUUGUGCUGAAUUGGCGGUGUUUUUGUUACAUAUCAUAAAACCUUUUAAUAAGAAUCUGCUAUCAAGAAGUCGUAUCGCGUAUUAGAAGAACGCGUCAGAGGCGAGAUGGUCACUGUCGGUGUACCCAUUUCAAGCCGCUUGGCUUAUCUAUUGCGAUUGAGUGUUGUUUUGAUUUUAUUUAGUUUUGCGUCUAUCGAUAAGGCCAAUGCAUUGGGUCGAUUCCGUAAUGGACGUUACGAUGAUGGAUUUCUAGGUGAGCCGAGCAAAUUUGAAUCACUUCGUCGCAAACCCGAACCAGAAGAUAAAUGGUUUGUACAGAAGUUGAAUCAUUUUGGCGAGAAAAAUAAGGAUGCCACAUGGAAGCAGCGCUACUUUGUUAACGACGAAUUCUAUCGCAAUGACAGUACAGCACCAGUUUUUCUCAUGAUCGGCGGCGAAGGUGAGGCAUCGAAACGUUGGAUGUCGGAGGGUGCAUGGAUUAAAUAUGCUGAGCAUUUUGGUGCACUUUGUUUCCAGCUGGAACAUCGAUUCUAUGGCAAGAGUCAUCCCACAAGCGAUCUCUCUACGAAAAAUCUUUUAUACCUGACUUCUGAACAGGCACUCGAAGAUUUGGCCAACUUUAUACGCAGCAUGAAGGUCGAAUAUAAGAUGGAUGCUAAUCAGAAAUGGAUCGUUUUCGGUGGUUCUUAUCCUGGUUCUUUAGCUGCUUGGGCGCGUGAAAAGUUUCCCGAUCUUAUACAUGGUGCUAUUAGUUCGAGUGGUCCGCUAUUGGCUAAAGUCGAUUUCAAAGAGUACUUCGAGGUAGUAAAAGCCUCUUUGGCCACGUAUUCCGCAGAAUGUCUAGAAGCUGUCGGACGCGCUUUUGCCCAGGUAGAAAUUCUAACACGUCACAUGAUCGGCCAACGCAAUUUGGAUGAAAAGUUCAAAACUUGCACGCCAAUCAAAGACUCCAUUGACAACCCAUUGGAUAUGUCUAACUUUUUCGAAACUUUGGCUGGCAACUUUGCUGGCGUUGUGCAGUAUAACAAGGACAAUAGGCCUAGCGCUAAAUAUACCAUCGAUGAUCUUUGCAAUGUCAUGGUGAAUACUACAAUAGGGCCGCCGGUUACCCGUCUUGGUGUGGUCAACGAUAUGCUUUUGAUUGAAUCCAAAGAAAAAUGUUUGGACUACAAAUAUGAUAAAAUGAUUGCGGAAAUGAAGGAAACUUCAUGGGAGGCUAAAGCGUGCAAUGGCAGUCGUCAGUGGACCUAUCAAACGUGCAACGAGUUCGGUUUCUAUCAAACAUCGAAUAAUAAGAGUGACACUUUUGGUGAUCGAUUCACUGUGGAUUUCUUCAUAAAGCAGUGCAUGGAUAUUUACUCAGAGAGCAUGAACGCCAAAUACUUAGAGCAAGUUGUGGCACAAACAAAUAAAUAUUAUGGUGCCUUAAAGCCAAAUACAACAAAUGUGCUCUACGUACAUGGCUCGAUUGAUCCUUGGCAUGCGCUUGGCUUGGUUUCUUCAAAGAAUCCCAAUUUGCCCACAAUUUAUAUUGAAGGUACUGCACAUUGCGCCAAUAUGUAUGAGCCUGCUAAAACUGAUCCGCCACAACUCGUUGAGGCACGCAAUAAAAUUAUUAAAUAUUUGGCACAGUUGUUGGAGGGUUUCAAAUUGGAAAAAUCUUAAUCACCAGAAUAUUAUUUUAUUUUUAUUGCAAGCAAUUAAUUAAUUACUUAUAGUUUGUUAUUUUUGAGAAAAGAAGAAUAAGAAAGAAACUCGAAUGUUAUGAAGGAGUCACUAUCGAAUAUCUGUAUGUAUCAUAAAUAUAUUUUUUAUAUAAAUAAAGGAUGGGAAAAUGAAUUUUGUUGAAUAUA